UUAAGAACGAAACGCAGCGUUUUGAGUCCGGUCUAUCUGGGAAGAAGAAGCACUUCUUUGAUUCUUUCUGCGAUUCAAUCGAUUUUGUGAUCCGAACAACUUCGAAUCCAGUAUUGCCAAUCGAGGACUAGUUUUGGGACUAACUGAAGAAGAAGAAGAAGAAGAUGAGCGACGUAUUUGAAGGAUACGAGCGCCAGUACUGCGAGCUAUCAACAAAUCUCACCAGAAAAUGCAAUUCGGCUUCCCUUCUACCCCAUGGAGAUGAGAAAAAAGGAAAGCUUGGUGAGAUCAAAUCUGGAAUAGAUGAAGCGGAUGUAUUGAUCCGUAAAAUGGACCUUGAGGCGAGGAGUUUGCAGCCGAGUGCCAAGGCUGCGUGUCUUGCUAAACUAAGAGAGUAUAAAUCUGACCUGAACCAACUCAAGAAGGAAUUCAAAAGAGUUUCGUCACCAGAUUCCAAUCAAGCUUCCCGUGAAGAGUUGAUGGAAUCUGGAGCGGCGGAUUUUCAUUCGGUGUCUGCUGAUCAAAGAGAGAGGUUGACCAUGUCAGUGGAGAGGCUUGAUCAGUCUAGCGACAGAAUCAGAGAAAGUCGAAGAACCAUGUUGGAGACGGAAGAGCUUGGCGUCUCAAUUCUUCAAGAUCUGAGUCAGCAGCGGCAAACUCUUCUUCACUCGCACAGCAAGCUUCAUGGUGUGGAUGAGGCCAUUGACAAGAGCAAGAAAGUUUUGACGGCCAUGUCAAGAAGAAUGACAAGGAACAAAUGGAUCGUUACUUCAGUUAUCGUUGCUCUCAUUCUCGCUAUCAUCCUGAUCAUUUCAUUCAAACUUACUCACUAAUUUUACUCAAGACAUGUGUGUAUAAGAUUAUAACAACUUUUCUUGUAAUGAUCUGGAACUCCUCUCUCCCCAAGUUUCACGUGUAUCCCGAACUAUGUUAUGGCAUGUUUACAUAUAAUCAUUAGAAUGGGUACAUUAUCUCU